CUGGCUGAUUGGCUUGUUUCCACGCAACUGACAAUGUAUACUUUCCUCCAGCCAUGCAAUUAAGACAAAACAAAGGCAAACUGAAAGCAUCUUAAUAAAUUGUUUAUAAUAAUGUGCUACUUGGACAGGUUUUUCUCAGUUGCACCAAAUUCAUAGCUCCAGUCUUAUCGCACACACUAUUGUUUAAUCAUUUCAUUAUACAAAAUAUUUAAAUUGUUCAGACAAUGAUUUGUUUGCGUAAAGCUGUGAUUAUAACAUUUUUCCUGGUUUCGGUUCUUUUCCGGUUUUCGGUGGAAUUAUCCUUGAAUGAAUUUCUUACACUUUCAGAAGAUCAAAAAAUUAAAUUGGACACUUUUAGAGAACUAAUCAGUCCCCGACUUCCGGAGGAUUACAUGAGAAAAGAUGUCUACCUUAUUCGCUGGUUAAGAGAUAGUGAUUUUGAUAUCCCAACUGCUGAAAAACGUCUCAUGAAUUUGGUCUCUUGGAGGAAAGAAAAUCAAAUGGACACCAUUUUCCAAGAAGACUGGGAGAAGUUUGAUUACGAAUUUAAAAUUCACGUGGAGGGUUGUGAUCGGGAUAAAAAACCAGUGAUAUCGGUGCCGGUGGAUUGGGACGUGCGACGCAUUGUCAUAAGUGGCGAAUCCAAAAAAUUUAUGCGAUAUAUUGAUCGAAUAUUUGAAGAAGCAGAUUUGAUGGUGAGGAAAAUGACGAAUGAAGGACAAAAUGUGACCCAAAUCACCAUGCUGUUUGAUUUAAGUAACUUUAACCUUAUUCAACAAGGAUGCGGACGAUGUCUUACAGCGUACUUUUACCUGAUAACGACAUAUGAGAAGCAUUUUGUCGGUUUAAUUCAUAGGAUCAUUCUAAUUAACACUCCCGAAGUAUUCCUUCCAUUGUACGACAUCCUAAAAACCGCCCUGUCCAAACAGACGCGUGACAUAAUCACCGUUUUGGGGAGGGACAAAGCAAGCUCGUUACGACACCUUUCGGAGGAAAUCGACAAAGAUCAGUUAUCUCGAAAGUACUUGGGAUCAAAGAAAGAAUCAUUAGAUUUCCAAGAGUUGCGAGACUCGGGAGAUACAUAUAAAUGUACAAAUUCUUAGAAAUUAUACUUAAUACGAUAAAACAGGUAUUGUAUUUAUCAGUUGAAUAAAAAAGUAUUUUCUAAAAUGUUAGAAAGAUUGAAAGUUAAAUAAAUAAUUUAUAAGAGUG